AUGAAUUUUAUCAUCAACUCACCAUUAGAACAAUUUACAACUAGAGUUUACUUCGGUUUAAGCUCAGGUUUAAUUAACUUAGAUACUAUAACAUUAACAAGUUUUAGUAUAUACUCAAUUGCUGUAGUAGCAUUAAUAUUAGGAUUCUCAAUCUUAAAUGAUAACAAUACAAACAUUUUACCUACAAGAUGAUCAUUAGCUUUUGAAAGUUUAUACUUUACAGUAGAGAAAAUGGUAUCAGAGCAAAUAGGAGGUUUAGAGGGAAGAUUAUUAUUCCCAUUCAUGUUUUCAUUAUUCAUGUAUAUUUUAAUAGCUAAUGUUGUUAGUUUAGUUCCAUAUAGUUAUGCUAUUAACGCUCAAUUAAUAUGAACAAUAGGUUUAUCAGUUGCUAUCUGAAUCGGAUGUACUUUAACUGGUUUAGCUAACCAUGGAGCUAAAUUCUUUGGUUUAUUCUUACCUUCAGGUACUAAUUUACCAUUAGUUCCAGUAUUAGUAAUAAUUGAAUUAUUAUCUUAUAUAGCUAGAGCCUUAUCAUUAGGUUUAAGAUUAGGAUCAAAUAUCUUAGCUGGUCACUUAUUAUUAGUAAUCUUAGCAGGUUUAAUUUUAAACUUCAUCUCAAUUAGUAUAUUUACAUUUGCUUUAGGUAUCUUACCUUUAUCUAUCUUAUUAGGUAUCGUAGCUUUAGAGUCUGCAAUCGCAUUUAUCCAAGCUAUAGUAUUUACAAUAUUAACAUGUUCAUAUAUUAAAGAUGCUAUCCACUUACACUAA